AUGGUUAAUUGAAUUUGUGAUUCGAAUGAGUACAGUUGUACGUACAUUGUGUGCUACUCACCGCGGAAGAUACUGAAAUAACGGUCAAUUGUUUGCGUUGUUUUGUCUGGAAAAUUAAGUUUAGUUACGCGAUAAGUGUCCAUCUGUUUUAUUAACAAAAAAUGGAAAAACCAGUGCUCACGUCUAAGACUCCUUCGACUACACCGUUUUCGAUAAAUGAUAUUUUGACGAAAAACAAUACGAGCAUAAUUCCUCGAUCACCGGACUUAAGCCGCGUGAACAAUUCGUCGGAAAAUGAUUGCCAGUUUGAUAAAUCAGACAAUGUCAGUGAAACGAAAUCGGAAUCGGGUAUCCAUGAACAAAUUGAUUAUUGCAAGAAAUCUGGAUUUCGCGGUUCGUUACAAUAUUACAACAACAAUAACAGUCGGUCGCCUUAUCAGCCCUUAGAUCGGCGAAGGUCUUUGGACUGUUUUCUAGUGAAAAGUGAUAGUCAAAAUGAGGAUUACGAUGGCUUGAGGGGUGGAGAUGUCAAAAGUGGAUACUUCAAUUUUAUGGCACGUGAGACUCCGUUAGACAUGAGACGGUGCAAUAAUGAUGACUCAGAAUGUGAUUCGCCACCACCGUUUAAUGGUAACACUGAUGGCUUGAAAUCGAUGCGGAAGAAACGGUCCAGAGCUGCUUUCAGUCAUGCACAAGUGUUCGAACUCGAGAGACGGUUUGCCCAGCAAAGAUACCUAUCGGGGCCCGAGCGAUCAGAACUUGCGAAAAAUCUUCAUUUGACGGAAACUCAGGUGAAAAUUUGGUUCCAAAAUCGACGUUACAAAACAAAACGAAAAUUGACUCAACAACACGAAAUCGCCGUUCUAAACGCUACCAAACGAGUACCGGUCCAAGUUCUCGUAAGAGAGGAUGGUUCCUAUGGGCAUAUGGUCUUGGGCAAUGGUGACCAUAUGCAGUACAGUCCAACCAUUGACCCAGCUUUAUUUAACAUGUACAGAAAUCAGAUUCAAAUGGCGUACGGAAUGCAAAUACCUCAGGUGUCGUUUCCUUACUUUUAUCCCACCAAAAUUCCAACGUCAAUUCCAGCGCCCAGCAGCAGCAUUAACGAAGAGUCGAAAGCAAACAUCAUUAUGUACAAUUCUCGGUCGUCUGGUCCGUUGAAUUUUUCGAAACGGGACACCAAUUUUAACAAUAACGACGAAAGUGUGAACCAUAAGAGCCAUCAUCGGUUGUAUUCGCCGCCGAUUAGUAAAUACUCGAAUCGUGAUGACCAUAAAACCAAUAUAUCAGAACAAGAAGAUGCGACAGAGGAAAAUAUCGAAAUAGAUUCGAUUUAAUUUGACGAUGAAAAAAAAAAACAAAUCGAUAUGCUCAAUGUGUGCUCGGCGGAUGACGCAAAUUCAGUGUAGAAAAAUAAAGAAAAUUUUAAAAAUUGGUAAUUUACAAAGUGAUUCUAAACAAAAAAAAAAUGAAAUUGAAAUUGUGGUGUUUAUUGUUUUGUACUGAAAUUAAAAUAUUUUCGUUGUGUUUAAUAAUUAUUUGAUGAGGUUAGAGCUGUUCACAUAUACUUCCCGGUUUCAACUAUAAGUUUUUUUUUUAUGACGACAAAGUUAUGAAACAGAAUAUGCACUGAACGGUUCUUAAUACCACAUAAAUAGUUAGUAAAUAAUUAAAAAAAAACGAGUGGACAAUUGCACACAAUUUAUGGAAGUGAUUUUUGGAUGAGUGGGCAGAAUCGUAAUGAAAAUAAAAAUGAAUGAGUGAUCCGAUAAUAUCCAUGAAUUCUGUGCUCCUUUUUUAAAGUAAGAGGCAGCGACUACUUCUUAGCUACUCUUGAAGAGAACGAAUGUUUAUCGACGGUCAUUGAGUUAUUCGAACAUUGAAGAGAAUUUUUUAUUCUGGCUUUUCAUCCACCUUCGAACAACUAAUAUUUGUCUAACGCCUUAGUCAUUCCACGUUCCAAUGGCACUACUAAUAAUCGAUCAUCCUUUACACUAAAAACCGCUUACCGAAAUCGAAAUCAUUUUCCAGUGGAGUUACGUCUAUCCAAAAUUUAAUGCAAAAAUCUAAAACAUCUCUAAAAUAGAAGGUGAUUGAAGACUGACAAAGAGAAUUUUUUUUACACAAAUAUCUCCCACAGGUGACGAGUGUCCUGUUGAAUGAGACUCAUCACCACUGAUUAAAAAUGUGUCUACAUCCGUCCAAGACUUCCCUACUUCGACAAAUCCAUUUAAAGUUUUAAGCUUAAAAACCAGCUUCCUCUUGUUAUGACUAUCCAAUCAGCUUUCCAAUGAAGGACAAGACCUUCGACCACUGUUUUGAUCUGUUAGAGAAUUAAUUAAUAGGUAGUACGGCCUUUUCUAGAAGUAAGAUUCUUGAAGCUUAUAAAGCUUGAAAACACCAGUAUUCAAGAAUAGUUGAGAAUUUUCAAUGAUUUCAAUUUUCCAAAAUUAGGUCUGAAUGGGUUAUGAAUGUACUUUUGAUAAGUAGGGCCAAUUUUUGGAAAGUUGAUUUGUUAAAUUUGCUAAG